AUGGCAGGGCAAGCUUCAUUCAUAGCGGAAGCCAUUAGCAUUGCCAACCAGGCUGGUAGUAGUCAGAACAAUUCUCACAGCGGAGGUGACACUGUCAAUCCAUACGACCGCAACAUACGAGUUCGACGCCCUCUGCUCGAAGUCCCAACCUUUUCUGGAGACUUCAGGGAGUACAAUACCUUCUGGUCAAAACAGUUCGAUAGAUCAUCAGGCAUAGCGGACAUCUUAAUAAACGAGAUUGAGCAUCUGCCUAGGGCACAAGAAAACUCGAGAAGUUGCCGCGAUACACUCAAUGCCAUAUCUUCUCGAAUCGUGCACCUGGAGCAAACUGGAAUGCCAAUGAACGCAGACAGAGUAUGGCGACGCCUUAUUCUUUCAAAAUUCACAGAGAAUAUCUGUAGCCAAGUAAUCAAGAAAGAAAACGAAGGUGGCACAGGAUUCGAAGUGAAGAAUAUUCUUGACGCCGUUGAUGAAAUUAUAACUCUUCAAGAAAACUACCGAGCUAACAACAAAGACGUUGUUUCGAACAACGCCAGAGGACAUGAUAACGGACGCCACCAAAGCAAGCAGUCCCCUAGUCAUCGAAUGAGGCAUGCAUGUCUGUGUGGAGAAGCGCACUCACCACAUCAGUGCGCCAGGUUCCCUACACCUGAGGCUCGCCGAAUGGAAGCCAAGCGCCAGAGGAAUGUGCUGGAAAUGUUUCGAUAA